AUGUCAGCUCUACCGAUACCUCCUUCUGCAUGGGAAGAUCGCAUCGCAAUUGUCCGUCAUCACUUUGAAGAAAAGGGAUAUCGAGUCCAUUCAGGUCUUCAGUUUGGAUGUGAACUCGUCUUGUACGCGGAUACCCCCGAUCGAGUCCAUUCCGAUUUUUGUGUUCAUGUGGUGCCUCCCGAUGGGAGUUUGGAUUGGAAACUCUUGCAGAGUCUCGUGCGGUCCAUGCCAGAUUUGCACAAGACACUGAUUUUAGCACAGUUGGUGCCAUCACACGAAAAAGACAAGGAGUGGGAUGUGCAAGAAAUGGCCAUUGCUACCGAACAUGCUCCUUUCCGUCAUAAAAAGACCGUGCCAGUGGGGGAACAACGAAAGAAACCCAAGCUCUCUUAG